CGAGAGCGACGACGGCCCGAGUGACAUGGUCAGCGGCCGCUUAGUCUCGUAGAGCAGUACGCGCCGUAGAUCAUGUAGCCCGGGUGGUCGAGUGACCCCCGUCGGACUGGGACUCGUAAAUUGUGACAUGAACAGUUUCGUGUGUGGCAUCUCCGUCUGCUGUCACAAUCGCUGAGCACGUGAACCCUCCUGUUCAGCAAGCGAUGCUUGCGCUUGCAGCUCCCUGUGAUGCUGCAGAGCUGCUAAUCACUGCCCCUGUCCUCGCACUCGUGGGAUCGCGCCUCCGCCAACCCCGGAAGCAUGCACCCGCCGGACACGUCGCGAACGUUCCGAACACCUUCAAGGGACGCCGCGAGGCACGGCAGACCAUGCGAACACGUACUGGCCGUACGACGCGGCCGCUAGGGCGGGCACGCAGCACAUCGCCCGAAGCCCGACGCCCGACAUCGCUCGCACCAGAGAACAAAAGAAAAUACGACGCCGCCGCCGCACUCAGGGUCAGAGCAUGCCGAUACCAGCGCCCGGACCCGGUCUUCUAUGAUCCGUCAGCUGGCCCAUCGCCGAGUAGAGAGCGAUUCCAAGGAAACGAUGAAGAAACCUCGAGGCGAUGGAUCCGGAGCGUCCCGAGGCGAGUGGGAGCCGUCUAUUGUCCCGUUCUGCGUACUCCUCUUUCUUCUCCGGCGCCCGGCCGCAAGGACUCUUUGUGAUGGCGAGGCGGGGUGAGGGAGAGGGGAGGGGGAGGGAGAUUGAGAGAGUAAAGUAGAGAGAGAGAAAGAGAAAGAGAGAGUUCGAGAAAGAGUUGAAGAGGAGAUUGGAGAGACGCACGGAUCAUUAGAGUGGUCUCGUCCAACGUUGCACCCGUGCACACCUUCCUUCCUUCUCUCUCUCCUCCUCCUCAAUCGUCUUGUCUCU